AUGCUGUUGUUCUGCGUUCGAGUGGGAGAGGGACACUGGCUGCGGACGCUACUGGAGUCAGGUGACCAAAGACCUGGGCUCCCCGAGGAGCCAAGGAAAGGAGGAGAGGGGGGGAAGCAAGAGGAAGGCGUGGUCCGGCCACGGCGCAGUGCCGAGGGACCGUGCGGCCUGCAUUCCAUCCUGCUGCAGGUGCGAGACCUAGGACUGGGCUAUGACUCCGAUGAGGUGGUGCUGUUCAAAUACUGCAGCGGCUUCUGCCCCCGGCUGACCUCCAACCACGACCUCACGCUGGCCAACCUGCAGCAGAGCGGCGCCCUGCCGCACGCCGCCACGCCGGGGCAUCAUGCGCCCUGCUGCCGGCCCACGCGCCACGAGGACAUGGCUUUCCUUGACAACGCUCAUCGCUGGCACAAAGUGGAGAAGCUCUCGGCCUCCGCCUGCACCUGCAUGGGCUAG